UAGAGGUAUCAUGGCCUGGGCAUCCUCCUUUUCCCGCCCGACCAAGUCGGAUGCCAUCCCGCCCCCAUACUACCUCCUCUCACAGUUCCAAAACAAUCCCGAAGAGCCGUACUGCAAAGGCUGCGGCAAGCUCAUUGACCCCAAGCGCACCUUUGGCACCACUGGAGCUCCCGCGUCAACUGCUGCAAGCCAGAAGCAGGGAGCAGGCAAAAGCAAGGGAUUCAAGCGUGGCGGUAAAGACCAGGACAAGGAAGACGAGAAGCCAGGCCAACUCCAGCAACAGGAAGUCAGCAGGUUCUGCACGUCGAGAUGUCGCAGUGAGUCCCAACACAAGAAGCGGGACAUAAAAGAGCAGGAAAGGCAGAUCGAGGAGACGUACGUCAAGUUGUUGCAGGGGCAGAUGGUGGACGGUAUGGAGCAACUUGCCGAUGGCCAAGCGGACGGGAAGAAGAAGGGGAAGAAUGGUGGAGUGAAGCCAAAGAAGGGAGAGGGAAGAGUGGUAACGCUGGAAGAGGUGGAGACAAUUGUCUUCGGAAGGGAGAAGGACGCCGAAAAGGUGUAUGGGAGGAAGAAGAACCGGAAGUCGAGGGCCUUGACAAGCGUGGGGCCCAAUGACGAGGACACUAUUACCUCUACAGACGAAGAGUCUCAGUCAACCUCAACAAAAGCCGGCAGACCAUCGAGUAGAGAUUCGGCAAUCGGCGGCAUCCAGAUUGAUGCUCUGCAGUUGGGCGACAAAGCUUUUGACGAUGAGAUAGCCCCGCUACCCAAGGGCAAAUCCCAUCCGUACACCACGGGCGGCCAUGAGGUCGCUCGUCUGGCUGUCCGCAGCGGCACGCGCAUUCGUCCUCCCCAAGAGGUCUCCGAAGUGAACGGCAGCGUGGGCGGAGAAAAGGGCCGGGCGGAGCGGAAGGCAGAAAGCGAGGAAAUGAAGGAAGAAAUCAGACAGAAGAAAGCGGAGGGGGACAGAAAGGCGCAACAAAAGGAGAUGAUCAAGUCGGUGGCGAGAAGAGGAGUGGUGUUUGGGUUUGAUGUGCCGUCUUCUCCUGAUGGCAACAAGAAAACGUGCGAGUGCGUGAUGCCAGGAGGCAAGGUCGUCGAGCCACACUUUGCCAAGGGUAAUUGGGGAAUUCGAUGGAGGGGUGACUAA